UCUUCGGCGUGGCAUUGCAAUUGCAGCAAAUCGAUCAGCCAUGGCGGAUGCCGCCGCCUCCUCCUCCUCCCCUGCGUUGCUGGUGACCCUCGUCACCGUCUUCCUGGGUUUACUCACCUUCGUGCUUCUCGCUCUUCGCAGCCGUGCUUCAAAGCCGGAGUCGUCGCCCGCUCACGCUACUUCUCCGACUGAUUUCGCUACCCAACCUGCGAAGAAAUCGACGAACCCCAAGCAGCGUUCUCUGGCCGCGAAGAAGGCGCAUCCGCAACGGCAUCAUCACCUUGAGAUCAAUAUGUUGAAAGGCCAUACCGACGCUGUCACUGGCAUUGCCUUCUCUUCAAAUGGUCGAGGCAUAGCUUCAGCAUGUGCUGAUAGAGUCAUACGAGUUUUCAAACUGGAUGACAUCUCUGCCAAAAGUUUCAAAUUUCUACGCUUAAAUCUUCCAAGUGGGAGUAAUUGCCCUACGAAAAUAACUUUUGGACACGGAUCAAGUCAACUGGUGAUCGCAACUGAAGGCAUGUCAGGCACAGGGCUAUGUAUGUACUCUUCGGCUAGCAGCGAGGCAGCAACUGCUGCUAAGGAGCAAGGAAAACCCGCUCAACCGGAGAUGAAGUGGGAGCUGAAGAACGUUCAUGACAAAAAGGGCCUUGUUUCCCUUGUUAGCUCCCCCGCCACUUUUGGAAGUGGAAAUGGAGGAGUCAUAUUGGCCUCGUCCUCUGAAGGUACGGAUAUCAAGUUAUGGACAGCAGACACGGGCAAGUGUCUAGGCACAGUGGACACCAACCAGCUGAAAAAUACCAUGGCUACUCUGUCACCUAAUGGACGUUUCUUGGCAGCGGCAGCCUUCACUGCAGACGUUAAGAUCUGGGAAGUUGUGUAUGGCAAGGAUAAUCAAGUGAAAGAAGUUCCGAAGGUUAUGCAACUUAAGGGUCACAAGAGUGCAGUUACUUGGCUAGAUUUUACAUGGGAUUCGGAAAGAAUAAUUACUGCAUCGAAGGAUGGCUCGAUCAGGAUAUGGAAUAUCAAUGUUAGAUACCACAUGGAUGAAGACCCCAAAUGUAUCAAAGUAUUCAAAAUUCCGACUCUAGAUUCAAAGGGCAACCCAGUACUUUAUGAUAGACUUGCUGUAUCACCUGACAACCAGAUUUUGGCUGUCACUUAUGGCACCACGCUGCAAUGGUUGCGCACUGAGACUGGCGAGAUUUUGGACACUGCUGAAAAUGCUCAUGAUGAAAAUAUUACAUGCCUAGUGUGGGCUCCACAACCACUCCCCACAGAAAGUGGGAAGUCCCUCAUCUUGGCAACAGCUAGCUCGGAUAAGAGAGUGAAAUUGUGGUGUCCUCCACCUCUAUGAAGUUAAAUCAGUUCAUUAACUCGAAGGUUUUGUUGCCCAGAAGACACACUGUUACUCCCCAUAAGGAGUGCACCCAGGUGAUCAGUGCAGUUUGCGUUCAGACACUUCAGACACGUGUACCUCCAGUAGCAAAAUUACAAACAGCGAUAUGCAUAUAUCCUGAGUUGUACAUGUGCGGACAUAGGAAUGUAGCAUUGAGGGGGAUUUUGGCUAGUUUUUAUAGCACUUGAACUUGCCUCAAGGUUGAGCUUUUGUUUCAUUCAUAUUCCUUGUCAUUUAUGCGAACAUAGAGUACCUUUACUCGA